GUUGUCAGUUUGGUCUUGCAUUGACUGGAAUUCAUUCAGUCUACUUACUAGUAAAGCUAUUGAUUCUUCUGGUCCCAAACUCUUCACUUCAGAAGAUUCCAAACAUGUUUCGUUUGCAAUCUCUGUGUUUUCUCUUCAUUAUCCUACUCCCUCUAGCUUCCUCAGAGAUGGAAGCAAUCGAGGUCUUGCAGAGACGUCUUGACAGUAAACGAGCACCAGCAUCUGUACAAGAAGCCGCAGCUAAGGCACUCCUUGGGAGAGUGUUUCCGACCCAUGUCUCAAGUUUUGAAUUCAAGAUUAUUUCCAAGGAUGCUUGUGGUGGAUAUAGUUGUUUCUGGAUAAACAAUUUCAAUAUCUCAAGCAAGAAGGGCGCAGAAAUAAUGAUUAAAGGCACCACUGCAGUUGAAAUUGUUUCUGGUCUGCAUUGGUAUUUAAAGUAUUGGUGUGGUGCUCAUAUUUCAUGGGACAAGACUGGGGGCACUCAAAUUGAUUCUAUUCCGAUACCAGGUUCAUUGCCUGCCGUGAAAGAUGAGGGUGUAAUGAUUCAACGUCCGGUCCCAUGGAAUUAUUAUCAAAAUGCUGUUACUUCAAGUUAUUCUUUUGUUUGGUGGGAUUGGAAAAGAUGGGAGAAAGAGAUUGAUUGGAUGGCUCUUCAAGGGGUUAACUUGCCUUUGGCAUUUACGGGGCAAGAAGCAAUUUGGCAAAAAGUUUUCAAGACCUUUAACAUUAGCGAAGAAGAUUUGAAUGAUUUCUUUGGAGGACCAGCUUUCCUAGCUUGGUCUCGCAUGGGCAAUUUACAUGGAUGGGGUGGGCCUCUUCCACAGACCUGGUUGGAUCAACAAUUGGCUUUGCAGAAACAGAUACUAUCAAGGAUGAUUGAAUUUGGAAUGACUCCUGUGCUUCCAUCAUUCUCUGGUAAUGUACCAGCUGCGGUGAAAAAGAUAUUCCCUGCUGCAAAUAUAACUAGACUUGGGAACUGGUACACUGUCAGUGGUGAUCCUCGCUGGUGCUGUACAUUUCUUCUGGAUCCCUCUGAUCCGCUAUUUGUCCAACUGGGGGAAGCUUUUAUUAGGGAGCAGAUCAAAGAAUAUGGUGAUGUGACUGACAUCUACAACUGUGACACAUUCGAUGAAAACUCCCCACCUACAGACAACCCAGAAUACAUCUCAUUGCUAGGAGCUGCUGUUUAUAAGGCAAUGUCCAAAGGUGAUGAGGAUGCUGUGUGGCUAAUGCAGGGUUGGUUGUUCUCUGACGAUUCUGCAUUCUGGAGACCACCGCAAAUGAGAGCACUUCUGAAUUCUGUGCCAUUUGGAAAGAUGAUAGUUCUUGACCUUUUUGCUGAUGUCAAUCCUGUAUGGAAAAAUUCCUCGCAAUUUUAUGGCACUCCUUAUGUCUGGUGUAUGUUGCAUAACUUUGCUGGAAAUAUUGAAAUGUAUGGCAUACUGGAUGCAAUUUCAUCUGGUCCAGUUGAUGCUCGCCUCAGCCAAAAUUCAACCAUGGUUGGGGUUGGUAUGUGCAUGGAAGGAAUAGAACAAAAUCCAGUUGUUUAUGAGCUGAUGUCUGAAAUGGCAUUUCGCAGUGAAAAAGUUGAACUUGAGGGGUGGCUGUUAUCCUACUCACGUCGACGCUAUGGUAAACCAGUUUCUGAAAUUGAGGAAGCAUGGAGGAUUCUUGACCGAACAAUAUACAAUUGCACGGAUGGAAUUCCUGCUCGUAACAAAGAUUACAUUGUUGAAUUCCCGGACUGGGAUCCUUCAUUGAGACCUGGUGUGUCCACCUCAAAACAAAGUAGGGUUAACCUUUUAUUGAACGAGACUAGAAUAUUCUCCUCUACAGAAAUGAUAUUUUCUUUGCCUCAGCCACAUUUAUGGUACUCUACAGAGGAGGUCAUUCAUGCUUUGCGCCUUUUCCUCGAAGCAGGAAAUGAUCUUGAAGGAAGCCUCACAUAUAGAUAUGACUUGGUGGACUUAACUCGUCAAGUACUAUCAAAGUUUGCAAACGAACUUUAUUUGAAAGCAGUGAUUGCAUUUCAGCACAAGGAGGCCAAAUCUUUAAGUGUUGCAGCUGAAUGGUUCAUUCAACUCAUCACAGACAUCGAUACUCUUCUGGCUUCUGAUGAGAAUUUUCUCUUGGGAAAUUGGUUAGAAAGUGCAAAAAGUCUUGCUGUAACUCCAAACGAGUUGAUGCAGUAUGAAUGGAACGCGAGAACGCAAAUAACAAUGUGGUUUGAUAACACUGAAACUAAUCAGAGCAAACUUCAUGAUUAUGCCAACAGGUUCUGGAGUGGGCUUUUGGAAGGUUAUUAUCUGCCAAGGGCUUCCACGUACUUCAGUCAUUUAUUAACUAGUUUAAAAGAAAACAGGGCCUUUGAGUUAGAAGAAUGGAGAAGAGAAUGGAUAUCUCUUUCAAACAAAUGGCAAGCUGGGACAGAGCAUUACCCUGUAAAGGCACAGGGGGAAUACCCUUACUAUUGCUGAAGCAUUGUUCAAGAAACACAUUGACUGGGAUUUCAAUUGUUGCUGCAAGAAUCAACAAAAGAUGUAAAAUAGAAUUGUGUGUGGAUUUAUACAGCAUAAUGAUUGUGAACCCUUCAUAUCUGGGUUCAUUGUUAGUUGACUCCUAAAAAAGACAUUUUUGAAUCCAUUGAU